AUGGCGGCCCCCGCGGGCGCGCUGGAGGACGCGGAGCUGCGAGAGGCGCAGCGCGACUACCUCGAUUUCCUGGACGAUGAGGAAGAUCAAGGGAUCUACCACAGCAAAGUCCGGGACAUGAUCAGUGACAACCAGUACCGGCUCCUUGUCAACAUCAAUGACCUGCGGAGGAAAAACGAGAGGAGAGCCAGCAGGCUUUUGAGCAACGCCUUUGAGGAGCUGACGGCCUUCCAGCGCGCUCUGAAGGAUUUUGUUGCCUCUGUUGAUGCCACCUACGCCAAGCAAUACGAGGACUUUUACAUUGGGCUCGAGGGCAGCUUUGGUUCCAAGCACGUGUCUCCCCGGACGCUGACCGCCUGUUUCCUUAGCUGUGUCGUCUGUGUGGAGGGCAUCGUGACCAAGUGUUCUCUGGUUCGUCCAAAGGUUGUCCGGAGUGUCCAUUAUUGCCCAGCUACUAAGAAAACUAUUGAGCGUCGAUAUACAGACAUGACUUCUCUGGAUGCUUUCCCAUCCAGCUCUGUCUACCCUACAAAGGAUGAAGAGAAUAACCCCUUGGAGACUGAGUUUGGUCUCUCAGUCUACAAGGAUCAUCAGAGCAUCACCAUCCAGGAGAUGCCCGAGAAGGCACCAGCAGGGCAGCUUCCACGCUCUGUGGAUGUCAUCCUAGAUGAUGACCUAGUGGACAAAGUAAAGCCUGGGGACCGCAUCCAGGUGGUCGGGACAUACCGCUGCCUACCAGGAAAGAAAGGGGGUUACACUUCAGGGACGUUCAGGACUAUCCUCAUUGCCUGUAACGUGAAACAGAUGAGCAAGGAUGUUCGGCCUCUCUAUUCUGCUGCUGAUGUGGCCAAGAUCAAGAAAUUCAGUAAGAGUCGCUCCAAGGAUAUCUUUGACCAGCUGGCAAAAUCCCUGGCUCCCAGUAUCCAUGGGCAUGAGUACAUCAAGAAGGCCAUUCUCUGUAUGCUGCUUGGAGGGGUGGAGAAAGUCCUGGAGAACGGGAGCCGCAUCCGAGGAGACAUCAACAUCUUGCUGAUAGGAGACCCUUCGGUUGCCAAAUCUCAGCUGCUGCGGUAUGUGCUCUGCACUGCACCCCGGGCCAUCCCCACCACUGGCAGAGGCUCCUCAGGUGUUGGUCUGACUGCUGCUGUCACCACGGACCAAGAAACUGGAGAACGGCGCCUGGAAGCAGGAGCCAUGGUGCUGGCUGACCGUGGCGUGGUGUGUAUCGACGAGUUCGACAAGAUGUCCGACAUCGACCGUACGGCCAUACACGAGGUGAUGGAGCAGGGCCGCGUCACCAUCGCCAAGGCUGGCAUCCACGCGCGGCUCAACUCCCGCUGCAGCGUCCUGGCUGCGGCAAACCCAGUCUACGGCCGGUACGACCAGUAUAAGACGCCCAUGGAGAACAUCGGCCUGCAGGACUCUCUGCUCUCCCGCUUUGACCUGCUCUUCAUCGUCCUGGACCAGAUGGACCCUGAGCAGGACAGGGAGAUCUCGGACCACGUCCUGCGAAUGCACCGAUACCGCAACCCCAACGAGCAGGAUGGGGACGCCAUGCCCCUGGGCAGUGCCGUGGAGAUCCUGGCGACAGAGGACCCCGACUUUGUGCAGGAGGAGGAACAGGAGCUCCAAGUGUAUGAGAAACACGAUGACCUCCUGCAUGGGCCCAACCGAAGGAAAGAGAAGAUCGUCAGCAUGGAGUUCAUGAGGAAAUACAUCCACGUAGCAAAGAUCAUUAAGCCCGUCUUGACCCAGGAGUCGGCAAACUACAUAGCCGAGGAAUACUCCCGCCUGCGCAGCCAGGACCAGAUGGACUCCGACAUCGCCAGGACCUCCCCAGUCACAGCCCGUACCCUGGAGACCCUGAUCCGCCUCUCCACGGCCCAUGCAAAGGCCAGGAUGAACAAGACGGUUGAUCUUCAGGAUGCGGAAGCAGCUGUGGAGCUGGUGCAAUAUGCCUACUUCAAAAAGGUGCUGGAGAAAGAGAAGAAGCGCAAAAAGCAGGCAGAGGACGACUCGGAGACUGAAAAGGAGGAGGAGGAUCAGCAGCCCGAGGAAGAGAGCAGGAAGAGAAGGAGGAAGAAGGCACGCGCCGGGGACGAAGGAGGCUCCUACGACCCUUACGCGUUCAGUGAUGCCGAGGAGGAGAUGCCAGAGGUCCAGGCACACACUCCCAAGACUCCUGAACCUGCGGCGUCAGGCGAAGCAAAGAAACCAGAGCUGACUGACGCAAGGUUGAAAGCUUUCAAGGCUGCCCUCCUGGAGGUCUUCAAAGCUUCCCAUGCCCAAUCCGUGGGCCUGAAGAGUGUGAUGGAGUCCAUCAACCGGGACAACCCUGAGCCCUUCUCGUCAGCUGAAGUGAAGGCAGCGCUAUCCCAUAUGCAGGAUGACAACCAGAUCAUGGUGUCUGAUGACAUUAUAUUUUUAAUCUGAGCUGCUAGACAGAAGAGCCCAAAUUCUCAUGGACUUCUCUAUCUGGAGACUCUUUGUAUUUUCCUUCAUCCCUCUCCUGAAUGCCUCGUCUGGCUGAGCUGGACUUUGGGGAGCUUGAGUCUGUGCACUUUACAGUCCUUCCUGUGCAUUGCUGGCACCAAAAAGGCCAGGAGCUCCGAAAGCUCUCUUAGCAUCACUGCCUUCAAUAUGGAGUACUUUAGGAGAUGUUUAUUUUUAC